AUGGAGGAAGAAAAAGAUAAAGGAAGUGUGUUGAAAUACUUGGCAAACCUCAAAAUUCAACUCGAGGCGAAGGAUUCUGCACACAAACAAGCACUUCUUAAGCUAGACCAUCACGAAAAUACAGUUGAUGAACUAUACACUCUGCUAAUGAGCUCUGAACUCGAGAAGGAGAUUUACAUGACCGAAUGUAGAGGGUUGAUGAUUCAUGUACAUGAGCUUGAGUCAAUAAUUCAGGAGAUGGAUGACCGAUUUUUGGAGUUUGUAAUGAUACAAGAACAGUUCUCCGGUGAGUUAAAGGCCACACAAAGAGAACUAGUGGCAGCAAGAGAUGCUAAGCUUGAAGCCUUUACACAAGUAGAAGUGAUGGAAAAUUCUUUGAGAACCGAAAAGUUAAAGACUGAUGAGCUAUUGAGGAAUGUGUCGAAGCUUAAUGAGACUGUUUUGCAUUUGAGAAUGACUGCUACUGAGGCAGAAGAAAGCACUGCACUUUUGCAUGAGCGAGAGGCGGAGUUGGAAUUAGAAGCAGCAAAUGCAAAGGAAGAAGUGGUUUUCAUGAGACAUCAAUUGGGAAUGAUGCAGGAUUUGGAGAAUGAGCUAUUGGAAAAGUUUGCACUUAUUGAUUCAAUGAAAGCAGAACUCCAAGAAUUGAAUGAACUUCGCGCUUCUUCUGAGGUAGUCCCUUCAGAUGCUGGUGCCAGUGAGGUGAAAAGGUUAAAUGAAGCUCUCGAAUUACAAGAGAGAAAGAAUUGGGAUCAGUCCGGUUAUAUUAGUCUAUUGGAGUCGGAACUCAGACAAUUAAAAGGGGAACUAAACAAAGCCAACGAAGAGGCUGCACAUGCCGAUGCAGAUUUUGGAACAAUUAGCACUGAGCUUGAGCAGAUUAAGAAGGAAAUGACUGAGACAAGAGAAAAGGAAUCAGAAGCACACGUUGAGAUAGCAUUCCUAAAAUCCGAGCUUCACAAAGAGAGGUCAAAAGUUGCAGCAGCAGAGGUUUCUGAUUCAGUAGCCAAGAGUGAGAAAUCAGCAUUACAUCUUGCACUUCAGCAGCUGGCCUUAGAGUUGGAAGAGGCUAAAAACGAAAACAGGAGAUUAAAUGAAACCGCGAAGGCAUCUGAGGAAAGUCAAAAUGAAGCAUCAGAAGAGGAGUAUGAGCAGCUGAUCAAGCAUAAGGAGCAGGUACAUGAAGAACAAAAUGAAAUUCAAGUACUGAAGAAAGAACUAAAAACAGCAAUGGUGAAAAUUAGCGAGUUGAGGACGAGAGCUGAGCAGGCGAUAAGCAGAGCUGAGGCAGCUGAAAAGGGUAAAUCAGCACUUGAAAAUCAGAUAAAGAGAUGGAAGGAACAUAAAGAAAGAAAAAAGGCUGCAUUGGCAGCACUUAAAGAGGAGUCCAUUUCUAGAGAAAUUACUGACUACAAGUCUGAUACUUCUCUUAAAACACUACAACCUCUUGGUAAGGUUCUCAGGAUGAAGUUCUAGUUACACCAAAUCUAUUGCAAAGCUUUUCCAUAGGAAUACAAAUGAGAUCCACAAUACUAUCAUUGUAUUGUCGAUGGUACUACAUAAUUGGAUCGCGUAAAGGCAGAAGAAAGAAAGCUCGAGCAAAGAAAAGCUGACCAUGAACGAGCCUAUGGUCAGUAUAUCUUUGAAAGCUCAGACAGAGAGAAUAAGCGGACUCCUCCAGGGCUACUUAAGCCACUUUAGUGCAAAGGAAAGUUUUCUGUAAUAUAAUUUUGCUAGUAUU